AUGACACCUCGCUCUGAUGAUGUUGGUCAUCCUAAUGGACGCCAUGGUAUUGAAAACACGGAUGUUGUCUACGCCAGCGUCUUUGGGACUAGAGCCGAGCGUGAUCGGCUUCGGGAGCAACAGCAACAAAUGACUAACACUGGCCCACAAGCAGAUCAGGUCGGUCCGGUUGGGGCCGCGGCAAGGCAGCCUCGAGACUCUGGCCAGGAGUCUGCUGACAAGCGCAGGACGGUCACUGUGCAAGACGGAGGUGAGUAA